AUGAGUGGAGAAGAACAACCGAAAUGUCCAGUUGAUCAUAGUGCUCGAGAAGUUUGGCUAAAACAAAACGGAGGCAGUGCACCACAUCCAAUCCCAUCAGAUUCAAAUAAUGCUGAUAAAUGCCCAGUUGAUCAUGAAGCUAGAGGUAAAUGGUUAGAAUUUGGAGGGAAGGGGAAAAUAGAUGGUUCAAACAUUCCCAUAGAAGUUGAACAUUCAUCAGAUUCCAUACCUGAUCAACCUAUGUAUACAAGUGAUGUUAAAUUACCAACUGAACGAGAAAUUUCAUCAAUUCCAAGAACAGGAGCAAAUGCUAAUUGGAUAUAUCCUUCGCAAAAACAGUUUUUCGAAGCUAUGAAACGUAAGAAUUGGGAUCCAAGUGCACAGGAUAUGGAGACUGUUGUUCCUAUACAUAAUGCAGUUAAUGAAAGAGCAUGGUAUCAUAUAUUAAAAUGGGAAGAAGGUCAAGGUGCAGAAAAAUGUGGUGGUGUGCAGUUAAGUAGUUUUAAAGGUGAUAGUAAAAAAUUAACACCAAAGGCAAGAUGGAAAUUGAUGUUGGGGUAUCAAAAACCUUUUGAUAGACAUGAUUGGACAAUAAGUAGAUGUGGUAAAGAAGUUGAUUAUGUUAUUGAUUUUUAUGCAGGUAAACCAAGUCCAUUGAAUCCAAAUAUGGCUAGUUUUUAUUUAGAUGUUAGACCAAAAUUGAAUAGUUUUGAAGGUGUAAAGAUGAGAGUUUUCAAAUUUUUUGGAUUUUAG